AUGACUGCAAUAAACAUACUGACUAUAGCCAAGAUAGCGAUAGCCUCUCAAUGGAAGGCCAUAAUACCACCGACAAUUGAGGAUGUAAUAAAGAGAAUGGACAACGUGUGUUUGUACGAGAGAAUGGCGCACAACUUACUAGGUACAUCGGAAAAACAUGGGAUCCAAUGGUGCGGAUGGAUUAAUAUCCGUACAUUGGACGACGCAGAUGAAUGA